GGUAAUUCAAAUCGAAUUUACAAAUGUACAGGUCAAAGUUGAAAGUUGAAGAUAAUCAGCAGUGCCUGCCGUACGUUGGCCGAAAAUGGCUAAGCAUCAUCCAGAUUUGAUCUUUUGCAGAAAGCAAGCCGGCGUCGCCAUCGGGAGACUCUGCGAGAAAUGUGAUGGAAAGUGUGUCAUCUGUGAUUCUUAUGUGAGACCAUGCACGCUGGUGCGCAUAUGUGACGAGUGUAACUACGGCUCCUACCAGGGACGCUGCGUCAUCUGUGGUGGGCCAGGCGUAUCUGAUGCCUACUACUGUAAAGAGUGCACCAUCCAGGAGAAAGAUCGAGAUGGCUGUCCGAAGAUUGUGAACUUGGGCAGCUCUAAAACGGAUCUGUUUUAUGAAAGGAAGAAGUACGGCUUCAAGAAGAGGUGAAGAUCCUGCUGUGCAGUCCCUGUUUUAGUUUUUCAGCUUUUGCAAACUUUCUUUAGAAAACCUCAAACAUAUUUGGAUUUGUCAAUAAAACUCUGUUUUAUA